CAGUCGCAACUCGAGCUCCAGCUCUUAUUGAUUCGUUCGCUGCAGAUCUGACUAUCACUCUCCCUUUUUGGGUUACUGUAGUUUUGGGUUAGGCAGACCAUCUUCAUCUCCAUUUAACACCCCAACCUCACGUUUCUACUCUUCUGCCCGUCUUUGAGCAUCACCAAACCGCUGCCACGAUGACGGAGGCGGAGGCGUUGGAGAAGAAGCAGCACAAGUCCAGUAACGGGAAUGUUGUUCCAGAGGCCACCAGAGAAGACGUGUUUGAUCACACAUACAAAGAGAAAGAGGGCCCCAAACCUGCCAGAGUCAUCGUAUGGAAAAAUGUCUUUUUGAUGACUGUUUUACAUAUGGGUGCCCUGUACGCCAUGUUCCUCAUCCCUUCAGCAUCUCCUUUGACCUUGCUUUGGUCCGCACUUUGUUUUUUGGUAAGUGCUUUAGGAGUUACUGCAGGAGCUCAUCGCCUGUGGAGUCACAGAUCCUACAAGGCCACAUUACCUCUAAGGAUCUUUCUUGGUGUUGCUAACUCCAUGGCAUUUCAGAAUGAUAUCUUUGAAUGGGCUCGAGACCACAGGGUUCACCACAAAUAUUCAGAGACAGAUGCAGACCCUCACAACGCCGUCCGGGGCUUCUUCUUUGCUCACAUUGGCUGGCUGUUGGUGCGCAAACACCCUGACGUUAUUGAGAAAGGACGCAAGCUGGAGCUCAGUGACCUGCUGGCCGACAAAGUUGUAAUGUUUCAAAGGAAGUAUUACAGGCAGUCUGUGCUGCUCAUGUGCUUCUUCGUCCCCAUGUUUGUGCCUUGGUACAUGUGGGGGGAGUCUCUGUGGGUGGCGUACUUCGUCCCAGCUCUGCUGAGGUACACCUUGGUGCUGAACGCUACCUGGCUGGUCAACAGCGCGGCUCACAUGUGGGGGAACAGGCCCUAUGACAAGAACAUCAACCCAAGGGAGAACAAGUUUGUCACGUUCAGCGCUAUAGGCGAGGGAUUUCACAACUAUCACCACUCGUUCCCCUAUGACUAUGCAACCAGCGAGUUUGGCUGCAAGUUGAACCUUACUACUUGUUUCAUCGACUUCAUGUGCUUCUUGGGCCUGGCCAAGGACCGCAAGAGAGUGUCCCAUGAGCUGGUCCUGGCCCGAAUACAGCGCACUGGAGAUGGAAGCCACCGGAGUGGCUAAGAUUGUUGAAUUGUGUUCAGCUUCAAGGCAAAACGACCGAAAAGAAGAAGCUUCACAGUCCUUUGACGGCUAUACAUUUCUCAUCCUCUGAGGAUAAAAGUCAGCUUCAUGAGGGCCUUGACCACAUUUAGCUUGUUUUUGUGGUUUUUGUAGCUGUAACUAAACAAAUUGUUCAAGAUGGAUAACCAACAAACAUUUUGCUAAGCUCUUGGCCUUUGUUUCUGUUGUUCAGUCAGGCCAAGGUCUUGCAAAGAUGUUUUAGAUUUGAAGUAGAUGCAUUUUAAAAGUCAACUUCAUUCUCCGCUGUUUUGCCACUUGGGUGUGCAUUCUUCAUGCAAAGUCAUGUAGCCGAUCAUUUUUAUGUAAGUAUUACUCAAUUAUUAAUCAAAAUAGACAAGAAGUGGAGCACUGAAAUAUGGAGUAAGAUUUCAGCUGAUAAGGUUCGAUACUGAUUGGAGACUGUUGCCUUUAUUGCAGUUUACAGCAAGUUUUUACAGUUAUGAUAUAAAUUCACUUUUUGAGCACUCUAAGAUCAGGAAAAACAAAAAGGUAUGAGAGUUUGAUUAGUGUUUUGUUAAAAAAAGUGGCUGGCUUUAAUGAAAUAUGGCACAUGAUGGAAGAGUGAGGGAACCCAGACCAUCUUCUUAUAACCUGACUAUACUGACAACCGGUAUGCCGAAAUUGUAUGGAAACCAAGUCAUUCCCUAUGUUGCAGUGUGUAACUGUUUUCUCCUGCAGAAAACCAAGCUAAAUAUGUAGAAAAGUCAAAGGCUUUAGCAAAAGAUUAACACAUACUGUAUUUAGUCUGUGUAAUAAUUGGAUCAAGUUUUCUCAAGACAAUAUAAGGGACACAUUUAUCAUGAAAUUAAAACUGCCGUUCAAUAUUAACAGGAAAUGAUAAAUGUAAUUUUAACUUAGAACCAUGCAAUGUUGCAAAUUGACUUUUUUGUGUUUUUAAUGAAUAUAUCUUUGUGCCAAGAGCGUGCCAAUUGUCGACAUAUUUAUAACCAUCUGAAUGGUCCAAUCGAGCACACUAAGUCGAUAUUGCUUCUUCACUCAGCAUCAUUGUAGAAGUUUUUUAACAUUGUGGCAUCAGUGGCUUUGCUUCCGCCUGAGAUUUUAUCCAACAUGUCCUAAAACAUCUGCAGCAGAGAUCUUAUUGGUCGAUGUAGCAGCCAGUCAUAUGACAGUUCUGGUGUUACAAAACAACAUGCCACCCAUGCAUGAUGAUAUACUGUAGUAGGUGUUGUAGUGAGGUGUUUUGUCAGUGACUCUAAUGGCAGAACCGUGUCUAUUUUUGUAACGUUACUGUGGAGCUGCAUCGCUUUUGGAUCAUCAGAACUGUUGCCGUGGUGAUUUCUGAGACAGGGUCUGGUUUCCCUUUGAUGUCCUACAAAGCUGAUUGUCUUUGCAAAAUUUCAGGUGCUGCGAUGUUUAUGUUCAUCUCAAUUCUGGUGUGCGGAAUGCUUAUACUAUCUUAUUUAUGUAUUUAUUUAUUUCUUUUUUCCCUUAUUGACUAAAAAAGAUUGAACCAGAACCUGAACCAGUUUUCUGCAUUCCAAGAUUUGGCAAAUAGUCUCGUAAAAAAAUAUAUCAAAUCGGAGCACCUGUUUAUUUUUUUCCCCAAAAGUCAGGAUACAACCUAAUGCCUUAUGACUUGCAUCCAUUCCUGAUCUUCAAGUCCUGUCAGUUAAAACAAAUAAGUACCGCAAAACAAAUCUGACCAUGGUCCAUGUUUACAGGCUGAAACACCAGGCGGAACAUGGUUUUUAUUCUGAAACCUGACAGGAGCAUUUAAUUUAGGCAAAUGGAAGCAUGACAACAUACUGUAAAUUCAAAUACAGACAGUGGUUCAUUUCCAAAGAAUCAGAUACAAACUUAACGCCUGGUGCAAACUUUCAAUUGUGAGAUUUAACUUGCAAAAUAUGAGCCCUGAUGGAUGUGCCAACUGGUAUCAGCCUAUCACAGCAUCUCAGUAUGAAAACUUCCAAACAAAGGUGCUGUCAUGAGGAAACUUAGCGCACUUUACAAACCCGACAUUAUUUCACAAGCCAUGCAAACUCCUGCUGCCCAGAGCGCCAAAAUCAAAAUUUUCCUAAUGACAAGGAGGAUCAAAAGGUUGUCUCUCUGAAUGAUUACGUCAAAUCUCAACUGUAUUCUAUUCUGAAAUAAAAUUCACAAUAUUUUCAAUACACUCGUAAUUCAAAACA